ACUCGAUGGUAGUUGGAACGAUCUUAUCGAAGGAUCGGAAAGAAGUUUCGUUUCGAUUCGCACGAGCUACACAUGCCAGUCGGUCGAAGUAAAUAUUGGAGGGCGUAUACGAGCGACGACAGCGUGCGUUAAUAACGAACGCAGAGGGCGAGGCGACGCGGCGGCGUGUGAUGACCAAGAGGAGACAGAGGAACGGAAACAAGGGAAGGCAACGAGUUCGGUAAAGAUGCGUGGGCUCGUCGGUCCGGAGAGGCUCGGGAGAUCGGUGUCGCUGUCGUUGGCCUACUGCUGGUGUCUUCUGUUGCCGGUAUGCCACGUGCUCGCCGUGACCAGCGAGCUACCCCCGAGACUCGAUCUGCCCGAGCACUGCUCGUGGGAUUCAAGGCAGGAUGGCGCGGUCACUUGCGUCCACCGCUACUUGGACAACGGUUCCCUCAGGACCAACUUCUCUCAAGCGACCAGCGAGUACGUGACCGCCGUGAACGUCGUCUGCGAGGAGACCGAGGCGCUCGAGAACGGCGCGUUGAACGUCGAAGGGUUCGUUCAGCUGUGGAGGCUACGCUCGUUGAGAUUGACGGGAUGCAAGUUGGUGCACUGGCCGGCCAAAGUUCUCAACGGGCUGCGCGAUCUUAGGAACCUGACCGUUCGUAGCUUGAACGGACGGAAAAGCAAAUACAGCCUGGAGUUGGAGAUCGGCGCGUUCGACUCGGUGCCGCAGAUCGAGAAGAUCGACUUGUCUUGGAACAACAUCUGGCAGAUACCCGAACGUCUAUUCUGCCCGCUCACGAACUUGCUCGCACUGAACAUCUCGUGGAACAUGCUCAAGGACAUCGCGGAUCUUGGAUUCAGAGACAUCGCGGAGAAGCAUCCUAGACGUCAGCAGGAAUCGACAGCCGCGCCGGUUUCCUGCGCCCUGGACGUCCAGUCGUUGGACGCCUCGAGCAAUCAAAUCUCGGUGUUGCCCGCCUACGGAUUGUCCUCGUUGAAGCGCCUCAGGGUGCUGAACUUGUCGAGCAACGCGAUCUCCAUGGUAGCGGACGACGCUCUACACGGUCUGAGAUCCCUGGAAACGUUCGAUCUGUCCGGAAAUAGGAUCGUCGCGUUGCCGACGGAAAUGUUCCGGGACGCGGCAAAGUCGUUGAAGGAAUUACGAUUGCAGAACAAUUCUAUCAGCGUUCUGUCGCCCGGUCUGGUAGCCGACAUGAAUCAGCUGGUCGCUCUGGAUCUAUCGAGGAACGCGUUGACCAGCUCGUGGCUAAACUCGGCGACGUUCUCCGGACUGAUCCGACUGGUUCUCCUGAACUUGUCCCACAAUCGAGUCAGCAGACUGGAUCCGGCCCUCUUCAAGGACCUUUACACCCUUCAGAUACUAAACUUACAGUACAACGAGAUAGAAACGAUACCAGCUGACACGUUCGCGCCGAUGAGUAAUCUCCAUACGCUAGAUUUGGCGUACAAUCGAUUAACUUACCUGGACGCCUACUCGUUGAACGGGCUGUUUGCACUUUCUCUGCUCUCGCUCGAUUCGAAUCAGCUCGAAGGAAUUCACCCGGAUGCCUUUCGGAAUUGUUCCAGUAUGCAGGACCUGAAUCUAUCCGGGAACAGCCUGGACGGCAUACCGGUCGCUCUUAAAGACAUGAGAAUGCUGCGUACGUUGGACCUCGGUGAAAAUCAGAUCAGAAGCUUGAACAGGCCCGGUUUCCGGGGCAUGUCGAGCCUCUACGGAUUACGCAUGAUCGGGAACGAGAUCGCGAACGUCACCAUGGAGGAUUUCGCGGAAUUGCCCGGGCUGCAGAUUUUGAACCUGGCGCGAAACAAGAUCGAAACGGUCGAGGACGGUGUAUUUUCCGCGAACCCGGCGUUGCAGGCCAUCCGGUUGGACUCGAAUUUGUUGCAGGACAUGUCCGGCAUAUUUGCCAGCGCGCCCGGUCUACUCUGGCUGAACAUGUCCGACAACAUGAUCGUUCAGUUCGAUUACGGUUACCUGCCGGAGAAAUUGCAGUGGAUGGAUCUGCAUAAAAAUCUUAUUAUGGAUCUCGGCGUCGCGCCACAGGGCAUGAGAUUACAGACGCUCGACGUGUCGUUCAACCGGCUAACGAGGAUACACUCGAGGUCGAUACCGGAUUCCAUCGAGCUUCUGUUCGUCAACGAUAAUCUGAUACAGACCGUGGACCCGCAAACCUUUUUCGACAAGAAGAAUCUAACCAGAGUGGAUCUUUACGCGAACCAGAUCGUGCGGAUGAACCUGUCCGCCUUUCAGUUGACCCAAGUGCCAGCUUACCGACAACUCCCGGAGUUUUACAUCGGCGGUAAUCCCUUCAUAUGCGACUGUACCACCGAGUGGCUGCAAAGAAUCAAUUCGCUAUUGUUGAGACAACACCCGAGGGUAAUGGAUCUAGAGUCGGUCUACUGCAGACUUCCGUACGAUAGACACAAAUCGUUCAUACCGUUGCUCGAGGCGAAACCGUCUCAAUUCCUCUGCACGUACAAGGCGCACUGCUUCGCGCUCUGUCAUUGCUGCGACUUCGAUGCCUGCGAUUGCGAGAUGACCUGCCCGACCAACUGUACUUGCUAUCACGAUCAAUCCUGGUCGGCGAACGUGGUGGAUUGCUCCAACUCCGGCUACAAGACGCUACCCGGCAGAUUACCGAUGGACGCCACCGAGGUUUACCUCGAUGGAAACAAUUUCGGCGAAUUGAAUUCUCAUUCGUUCAUCGGCCGGAAGAACCUGCAGAUCCUGUACGCGAACGAUAGCAACAUAAUCGCUAUACGGAAUCACACGUUCAGCGGAUUGAAGCGGCUGCUGGUCCUUCAUUUGGAGAACAACAAGAUAAGCGUGCUGAAUGGCGUGGAACUGAUGCCGUUGGAGAACCUGAAGGAGCUCUACUUGCAAAACAAUCUGCUGACGUACAUAGACAACGGGACGUUCCUUCCGCUGCGUCAGCUGGAGGUGUUGCGACUGGAGAACAAUCGGCUGGGCACUUUCGCCGUUUGGCAGCUCGGCCAGAAUCCGUAUCUGGUGGACAUCGGGCUGUCCAGCAACCCGUGGAGCUGCGAGUGCUCCUACCUGGACCGCGUGCGCGAGUGGAUGUCCCGUAACCGGGCGAAGAUCAGCGACUGGAGAACCGUCACCUGUUCCCUCGGUAUGCCCAUAACUCUUCCGGCGAACGGAUCGGUCAUAAAUUGCGCAGCAUUAACGGACACGACCUCGGCCAUCGAAACGCGACCGCUCGAGGCUUAUCUGCCGCUCCUGCUGGCCACCGCCGUGCUAAUUUUUGCCACGGUGGCGCUGGUGUGUGGCGCUUUCAAGCAUCGUCGUACGCUGAGGACAUGGGCGGCCAGCAGAUGCGGCCUCCGCGCAUGCUACAAGACGGCCGCGUUCGAAGAUCAAGAGAAACCGUUCGACGCCUACAUCUCCUACUCGGCCGUCGACGAGGCGUUCGUCUCGACGAUCCUGGUACCCGGUCUCGAGACCUCUUACCGAUUGUGCUUGCACUAUCGGGACCUGGGAGCCGGCAGCAACGUCGCCGACGCGGUCGCCGAAGCUGCCGAUUCCUCCAGGCGCACCAUCCUAGUAUUGUCCAAGAACUUUCUGCACGGCGAAUGGGCCAGGUUCGAGUUUAAAGCGGCUCUCAGGGACGCUCUGAAAGGGAAAGGCCGCUCGGUGAUCCUGCUCCUGGUAGGCGGUGUAUGUCCACGAGAUCUCGACGCCGAUCUCAAAAAAAGAAUCUCGUCGCACACCGUGCUGGUGUGGGGGGACAAGUUGUUUUGGCAAAAGCUGAGGUUCGCCAUGCCGGACGUGUCCCCUGUUCCUGUUUUGGAGAGACCCCUGCCAUUGCCGCCUCCGCCGCCGCCCCCGGCCCAGCAUCAAUGGACGUAGAACUGCCAUUAUUUAGCGGCAGCAAAGGGACGCCGAGGGCACGAAACGUCCGCGGAUAAUACGUAGCGAAAAAUGAUUUUUGCCGUCGAUCAACCCGUCGAACCCCGA